GUUAAGGGAAGAGCAGUUCACUAAACCCUCCAAAUAUUAUUUCCUAGCCUUCGGACGUUCCCCUAAAACGGCCUUUCUUAUCCAUUACAAGUACCGCUAGAAUACGUCUGUGGGUGCUUUUGAUGAUACCACCUUGUGGUGAUAGCGAGUUUUGUGGCUUUCACUGUACCCGUCCGAUGUUGUUUGGCACCUCUCUUCAAAAUGCUGCUAGUUGAUGAAAUUACGUUGGCAGAAAACGAGAUAGCCCAGGUUAUUGCUUUCAUUUGUGGGCUCAUGGUGAUGAUGUUGAUGUUAAUGGGCUUAACAUCGACAGACUGGCUGAUGGCAGCAGGCUGGAGGCAGGGACUGUUCAUGCAUUGCAUCGAGAAAGGGGCUAAGCAUCCUCUACCUUUCAAUAUGCAAGAUCCAGCUGGAUGUUACCAGUCUAGGGAAGCAACAUACAUAAAAGUAGCAGCAGCACUCUGUGUUAUAACAUUGUUGACCGAUCUUGUGGCCACCAUUUUGACAGGAAUGGGUCUUAAAUCAAAAGACCAUCAUACUAAAUUCAAGUACUAUCGUUUUGCCGUCGUCGUUAUGACACUUUCACUUGCGUCUAUAGUUCUCGCCCUCAUCAUAUAUCCAGUUUGUUUUGCAGCCGAAUUGAAUUUAGGUAACAGGCUGGUCUGGGAAUUCGGCUGGGCUUAUGGAGUGGCUUGGGGAGCGGCAAUUUUUCUAUUUGGAGGAGUUAUCUUGUUGUGUUGUGAUAAAGAAAGUGAAGAAAUUUACUAUAAGGAGAGGAAAAUAGUGCAAGAUAACGAUUCGCGUGCCUAGUGGCCACAAAGUCUGCCCGAUGUUGUUCUCUGAUCGUAAGGGACGAAUCUAUGUCAUCUCCUUCCGAGAAUGCGCAAAGAAUGAAAGAUUCGUAUGAAUGUAGGUAUGUUGAAAUUUCUCUGGUCAGUUUGAACACUCUGGAGGACAUAACUGAUGAUUAUUGUAGAGGUUUGAUAUAUCGAUUCCAACUGGCUGGAUUUUUUAUAUUUUGCGAAUUUGGUCUUGAAUUAUAUUCGUCGGUACUUUUAGUAUUCAAUGUUACUCAUAAAUAUGAGUAAAUAAAUAUUUACUCUUUUUAUUUAUUGAUAUAACGAAAUGUUUUUUGUUUGUGUGAAUGGAAGAGUGUUUGAGAGACAACCCGGGUAGGCUUGAUGGUGCGUGAAGAUAAAGACUCGAAUACAAUUUAAGAUAAAUUAAGGACUGUUGUAUGAUUGUAAGAUUUGUGACGUUAUCGUGAAUAUAAUUUAAAAUAUGUAUAGUAACAGAUAUUCAUUUUUCAUGAAAUUUUUUUUUUUUUUCAAUUACGAUUUGUACUCGAAAUUAUCAUUAGCUGAAUGUGAGAAUUAUCUUUUUUCAAGGGAACUGGAUUUGCCAAUAUUCUUUAAUUCGCAUUAUCGAAAUCAUAUCUUCUACUGUUUCUAGUUACCUAAAUUUGGUUUCGAUAAUUCUCAGACAUGAGUCUUCUAUGGUGCUUUACGAUUUUAUAAUUUAAGAACCUUGAACCUCCACCCCUUAAAAACAUUAAACUCACCUUAGGUAACAAAUAAUCUUUGAUAAAUGAAAAAAGCCGAUAAAUCUUAUUGAUGCUAAUUUGUUAACAAUAAUUUAUUGUGUAGACUGAAAAGUGACUUUUUCGAUGAUAAUAAUUUCGCAAAAUGAUUUCAAAACUUUUUGAAAUUGUUUUUAUCAAUGAUCAAAUUGCAGUCUGCACUGGAUUCCAUUUUUGCGAAUUCAUCAAGGAUUCAUAAAUCCUUGAUGAAUUCGCAAAAAUGCAACUAUUAUUUCGAGAAAAAUUAUGUUAUGCAAUGAUUGGACCAAUCUUGAAGUUAUGUUGAUCCAUGAGGAUGAAAUUUACACCUUUUCUAAUUAUUUGCGAAUCUCACAAACAUUAGAAAUAUCCAGACAUUGUUCGCACACAACUCGAAUAAAUAUUAUUGAAGGGACUGAUAGUCCAGAAUUGGAUGUAAUAUUCAUAUCCCCUUUUGAAAUGAUGCUUACCUUACUUGUUGGAUAAAAAAUCUAGACAUUUCCAAUGUUUGUUUGAUGAUGAAAGCCUUUGCCAAUGUUUGUGACUUCUCUUUUAAUUUGGAAUAUUCCGUUUUUAACCUUUCCUAAUUAUUUGUAGCUUCCCAAGUAUAAUGCUUGAAAAUAAUUGAUUUUCAGAACAUUAGGAGCAUAUUAUAACAUAGUUUUGUGAUAUAGCUUAACAUGUAAAUACUGAAUGUAAACUCAGAUUUGUUGAAUAGAAUAACAAAGCAUUGAUGAAAUCAUUACAAUGUACUUUCAGGAAAAGGUUGAAUUAGAUCUGAAGAGCAAUACUCAUCUAAUAAUCUGAGAAGAGCAAAUUAAAUAAUUCCUUACCUACAUUUAACUAGAUUUGGAAAUAUCCCCAAUUCAAAUAUGUUAUCUCUUCGUUCGUUUUUAUUUUUCAAUAUUUUAAAAUAAAAGAAUAAAAAGAUCGAAUAGAGAUUGCAGAAAAUAUAUCCAAUAUGACGUUUUUCUUAAACUGGCUCAUCUUCAUUCUUUUGAUAACAAAAUAGAUACUAAUAUUUAUAUCACCAUCAAUAUGUAAUACCUUUCUUUAUCAUUCUGGCCCUUGUUAUUUAUUGUGUUGAUAAUCUAAUAAUCACUAGGCAUGUGUUCAAUUUUUAUGUUUUAUGUGUAUAAUUCCAAUAUAAUCGAUAUGUUUUGUAACUUAGCAUUUAUUUCUGUCGAUGUUAAUAAAUUUAAUAAGUUUA